AUGCGAGAAAUUAGAGAAUUAAUAAACUCGGAAACAAUAAGAUUGUCUGCUAGUGAUAAGGAGGGAGAGUUCGUAGUUAUUCUUCGCCAGUUGGAUGUUGAGAUAAUAGAGGAACUUCUUAGUGAUGCUACCCUCUAUCGCCCAUCCUCUGAAAAGGAAUAUAAAAGUCAAUAUCGAAAGCUAAACAAUCAAUGGGUCAGUGUGGCAAAGGCUACAGGUUUAAAAUCACCGGUUAUUUUGCACCAUAAAAUCGAUAAACCAACAUGUCCCGUCCUAUAUCUACUUAUUAAAACACAUAAGUUGGUAUCACCUGAUGAUCAUGCGUCAACCAAUCCGUCAUCAUUUAAGGUUGGACCGAUCAUCAGCUGUGUAGACGGGCCAACGGAUAGAAUAACCUGGUUUUUAAGCCUGAUACUUACCCAGUUGCUUAAACAUAUUCCAGCUCACCUCACGAACACCCAAAUGUUCCUCGAACGUCUACGUAAUGCGUUUCCUAAUAACGGGUACGUGCUGGAGUCUUUCGACGUUACCGCGCUGUACACCAACGUGUCGAAUGGUUCUGCAAUGCAAGCCACUUCGAACUUCUUGUUGAACAUGAAGAAAGAAUAA